CCAACCCGCAGAAGCUUCGAAAACGGCCCCAAAACCACGACAAAGGCAGCAAAGCCGAAUUGACUCUGGGGACGAUUCCAGAGCCAACCUCCUGUUUCGUGAAAAACUGGCGCGAAUACGGCUCUCCGGCGACCAUUUUCGCCGGAAUCUCAAAUUUCUAGAUUUGCUUCGGCUGCCGAGCAAUUCGGUAACAACAAAAUUGAUUAGAAAUGAAUUUCUAUGCUCAUGACCUGUCUCCGUUGGAUUUUAAUUUUGGCCACUCCGAAUCGUUCGGCCAGUCAUUCUCUCGCCUUCGCGCUUCGUCCGCUAUUUCUUCAAAUGUCUUCCUCGAUGAAGACGACGACGUUUACCGUCCUAGCUGGACUGCAAGAAAUAAGGAAGAAAUGCCCACCGGCUGCCCCCCCAAUCGCCGGCAUGACGGUUCGUCGCCUCUUCCAUUGGGAAUGGACUGGAGCCCCCCUCCUCAGAAAUGGGAUGGACAGCACACGCUGUGGCCUCAUGAUCCACCCACUGGAUGGAGUUAUUGUGUCACGAUUCCUUCUUGGACGACAAUUCCCAAAUCAAAUGGUUCAGUUCCUGUGGUGUUUUACACGGUUCAAGUUGGACUGCAAUCCCCACAAGGUAUCACCUCUACAAGAGGAAUAUCAAGAAGAUUUAAUGAGUUUCUAGAGCUAUUUUACGAGCUCAAAAGAACAUUGCCCGAGAAACAUUUGCCUCCAGCUCCUUCAAAAAUGGUUUUGAGAAUGAAAAACAGUACAUUUCACGAUGAACGGAGGUCUUCCUUGGAGGAAUGGAUGGAAAAGAUUCUGUCAGACAUUGAUGUAUCGAGAAGUGUUCCAGUGGCAAGUUUUCUUGAACUGGAAGCUGCUGUGAGAUCUUUUUUCAGUGAUGUUGAUCACCAGACAUCUGAUGAGGUUUCUUCUAAUAGUAUCAUGGUCCAACCAAUUACGCUAACAAGCUCAACUGUGCCUAUUGCUGCUGCUUCUUCUGUUGCCUCCAGUCCACGUGAUGAUAUUUGUUAUGGGGGACCUGAACUUGGAACUCUAAGACAUAGAGAUGAUGAGGAUGCAGAAUUGGGAAUGGAUAAACUUGCAUCGGAAAAAGCUGGAACAGGCCUGGAAAAUCUUGUUGUAAGAUCUAAGGAAGACGUUUCCGUGAGACGAUUCCUUGCAUCAAAGGAUGAACAGGUGCCCAUGGAAUCGACAAUAAUGUCCAUUUUAGAGGAGAACAAAUUUUUACUGCAAGAGUUGGAUGCUUCAAGAGUACAGCUGGAGUACUUGCAAAAACAAUAUGAAGAAUUUGUGACGAAAUCAAAGGCAGAUGUUGAGUUGUUUAUCAAAGAAAUUAAAUCUCUUCGAGAUACACAGUUAGACAUGAAGCAGGAGUGCAGCCAAUUGACGAAGGAGAAAUCAGAAUUAGAGAGGGUAUUUCAAACUGAAAGACAAAGAAUGGAGCAAGCCAAGAUUGCUAAUCAAAAGCUUCUUCAUGAUUGUGAAAUUCUUCAAUACCGUCUUCAAGACUCUAGUGUUGACUUCUUCAUUGAGGAAGGAGAUAAAUUAAUCUUGGAAACUGCUUCGACUGCUCAUGAUGCUAUGGAUCUAUUGGCGACAUCUGAUAAUCACAUUAGCCUUAUUUUAGCUGAGGCGAAGCUUCGUGCACACGAUGCAGAUGGCACGGCUGGAUCAGCCAGUCCGAAUGGGGCAUGUGAAGGAGCACCUGACAAAGUAUUAAGAAACAUACUAGCAGAUAUGUUCGUCGAAAAUGCGCGAUUACGGACACAGGUGAACUCUGUCAUUCGCUGUGCUCUAAAUGCAAAUCCGACCCAUGAGAAAGAUGAAAAUGAAUCUCUCUUGGGAGUGUAAGAAAUUGUUGUAUGUAUGGGCCUUCUUCUGUAGUGACAAGAACAGGGGAGCUUGCUCUUGAUCAGGUAACAAAAAAGCAAGAGGUUGAAUUGAAUGUGUGUGGCUUAAUUUGGUAUUUGUUGGCCAUUUGAUGAAGUUUGAUUGACAUUCAACUGAAGAACAUCACCACUAAGUAAAUGCUCAAAUGGACGAUGGGAUUCUUUUGGAAGUUUUAAAAUCUGAGUUUGAAAAGAAAAAAGUAAACUGUUGUUUGAAGGUUAAGCAUAAAUGAAGUGAUGUAUUUUAUUUAGAUCAAAUAUGUGUUAUAGUUUGGUUUCGAUCCAUUCAUAUAUCAAUUUUUAGUUUAAUUCGUUAAGUCUAAUAAAU